UAGCAUAUUGAUACGUGUCGACAAAGGGAGCCACGACUCGCUACAGUUUGCCAAUCGAGCAUACGCAGCCAAGUUUUCUCGGAUUCUUGUUUUAAACUAGUAUCUUUGCAGCAUUGUCAAUUCUAAAGUGAGUAGGAAGUGUUCUAACAUCGUGAUCCUUAGAAUAGUUAUACCUCGGAUUCAAAAUGGGAUUUAAAUUUUUAGAAGUAAUAAAGCCGUUUUGUAGUAUACUCCCAGAAAUAGAGAAGCCGAAACGAAAAAUACAAUUUCGAGAAAAAGUAUUAUGGACUGCAAUUACAUUGUUUAUUUUCUUAGUAUGUUGUCAGAUUCCUUUAUUUGGAAUUAUGUCUUCGGAUAGUGCAGAUCCUUUUUAUUGGAUUCGAGUUAUACUUGCAUCAAAUAGAGGAACUCUUAUGGAAUUAGGAAUUUCUCCUAUUGUUACAUCUGGUUUAAUCAUGCAACUAUUGAGUGGUACGAAAAUAAUUGAAGUUGGAGAUACUCCAAAAGAUAGAGCUCUUUUUAAUGGUGCUCAAAAAUUAUUUGGAAUGGUUAUUACUGUUGGUCAAGCCAUUGUAUAUGUAAUGACUGGAAUGUAUGGUGAUCCAACAGAAAUUGGAGCUGGUGUUUGUUUAUUAAUUAUUAUUCAAUUAUUUGUUGCUGGAUUAAUUGUAUUAUUAUUAGAUGAAUUACUUCAAAAAGGAUAUGGAUUAGGAAGUGGAAUUUCACUUUUUAUUGCUACAAAUAUUUGUGAAACAAUUGUAUGGAAAGCAUUUUCUCCAACUACUGUUAAUACAGGACGUGGUACAGAAUUUGAAGGUGCUGUAAUUGCACUAUUUCACUUAUUGGCUACAAGGCAAGAUAAAGUUCGAGCUCUUCGUGAGGCAUUUUAUAGACAAAAUCUUCCUAAUCUUAUGAAUUUACUUGCUACAAUUCUAGUAUUUGCCAUUGUAAUUUAUUUCCAGGGUUUCCAUGUUGAUUUACCAAUCAAAUCUGCUAGAUACAGAGGACAAUACAGCAGUUAUCCUAUCAAACUGUUCUAUACGAGCAAUAUUCCUAUAAUUCUUCAAUCUGCUUUGAUAUCUAAUUUAUAUGUUAUUUCACAAAUGUUGGCUGUCAAAUUUCAAGGAAAUAUUAUUGUGAACCUAUUGGGAGUAUGGUCUGACAUUGGUGGCGGUGGUCCUGCACGAUCUUAUCCUGUUGGAGGAUUAUGUUAUUAUUUAUCGCCACCAGAAUCUGUAGGACAUAUUCUUCAAGAUCCCAUUCACGCUAUUCUUUAUAUUUUAUUUAUGCUUGGAUCUUGUGCUUUCUUUUCGAAAACAUGGAUUGAGAUUUCUGGUAGCUCAGCAAAAGCUGUUGCAAAACAAUUAAAAGAACAACAAAUGGUAAUGAGAGGUCAUAGAGAUAAUUCUAUGAUCCAUGAAUUGAAUAGAUAUAUUCCAACUGCAGCAGCAUUUGGUGGAUUGUGUAUUGGUGCUUUAUCUGUAUUAGCUGAUUUUCUUGGUGCAAUUGGUUCAGGUACUGGUAUUUUACUUGCAGUUACAAUUAUAUACCAGUACUUUGAGAUCUUCGUUAAAGAACAAAGUGAAAUGGGUGGUAUGAGUACACUACUUUUCUAAAUUUAAUUUACAUAGACUUUAAAAGUGAACUUUUUUAAUUCUGAAGAACUGAAUAAUAAUUUAUUAUAAAAUAUGUCCACUCGCGAUGUCAAAUACUAUUAAUUACUCAAUAGAGUAAUAGAAAGUCUUCAAUAUGAAUCAAGCACAUUUUUAUUUUUUGUUUGUCGUUUAAAAAAUUGCAUAUAUAAAUACAUAUACGUAUUACAUGAUAAUUUUUUUUUUUUUUUCAAAAUAGUUUUCUACGCAUGAUCAUCUCAUACUUAAGAAAUAUUUAAUUAAAUAUUUUUUCAUACUUAUUAUGUAUCAAUCUGUAGAUUUUGCAAUUUUUUAUUUAUGUAUCGUGAUAAAGAAUAUUUUUUUUUAUAUAUGAAAUAUUAAUAAUAAUUCUGCACUGUGUCAAUAAAUAUCAAAAGAGAUUUUGAAUAAUAUAAUGUUGACAAAGCGUAGAAGUUCGUACUUGAACGUGUAAUAUGUAAAAUGCUCGAAUGUAAAAAGAGAUAUUCAAUUUGAAUGCUCUGAAUUUAUACACAAAAUGUUAUAUACAACGAGCAGUGUACAUAGGAAGAAAGUAAUUAAAUAUUUUCAACAUUUUUUUUUUUACUAGUGUUUUAUACUCCGAGUAAUACGGAGUCAUAUAAAAGACUCUCAAAACGCGCGAUUAAGAUCGUGACGUUUAUGCGAAUCGAAUCAUUGCAUAAUGUAUAAUCAUUUCGUCAGGACGAGACACCCACCUAGGGUAUUCGUACAAUCAACUAAUUCGUACAAUGUUCGCUCAUCAUAGAUAUCAUUCCUAUAUUAAUAAUAAUAAAAGUAAAGUAAUAUUUGUUUCUUAUGUAUUUAAGUGAAUAUGCUUUUAUAAAAAGUAAAACUUGUUAUUUGUUUUGUUUUCCUUCUUGCUCCAACUUGUAUUAAUUUGUUUUUAGCGUUUGAAAAUAGCAAAAAUGAUGGAAAUAGAUAAAAAUGGUGGAAAUUAUUUAUAAAUUAUGUGCAUUGUAUUUGUAUAUCGUAUUAUAUUGUAUAUUACUUAGUUAUAUUCAAAAAUUAGUAAACUUAACUCCUAUUUUAUAUAAUAUAAAUGAUAUCUUUUAUUUUAUAUGUAGAAUUGUUAUUAAAACAUGACUGAAAAUAUAUUUAUUGUCCAGAAUAGUAAAUGAAAAACCCAUGUUUAAAUAUUAAUCCAAAAUCAUUUUAAAUAAAUAAAGAAUUAAUGCAAUAUUAA